CGUCACGAAAAAGAACUCCCAGGAAAACGACAGAGUGUCAGGGUGCUCUGGUACCAGCGUCACGAAAAAGACCUCCCAGAAAAACGACAAAGUGUCAGGGUGCUGUGGUACCAGCGUCACGAAAAAGACCUCCCAGAAAAACGACAAAGUGUCAGGGUGCUCUGGUACCAGCGUCACGAAAAAUACCUCCCAGAAAAAUGACAAAGUGUCAGGGUGCUGUGGCACCAGCGUCACGAAAAAUACCUCCCAGAAAAACGACAAAGUGUCAGGGCGCUGUGGCACCAGCGUCACGAAAAAGAACUCCCAGGAAAACGACAGAGUGUCAGGGUGCUCUGGUACCAGCGUCACGAAAAAGACCUCCCAGAAAAACGACAAAGUGUCAGGGUGCUGUGGUACCAGCGUCACGAAAAAUACCUCCCAGAAAAAUGACAAAGUGUCAGGGUGCUGCGGUACCAGCGUCACGAAACUCUUUCAUGGGUACCAGCGUCACGUAAAUCCAUCGUGGGUACCAGCGUCACGAAAAUCCAUCGUGGGUACCAGCGUCACGAAGAUCUUUCAUGGGUACCAGCGUCACGAAAAUCCAUCAGGGGUACCAGUGUCACGAAAAUAUUUCAUGGGUACCAGCGUCACGAAAAUCUUGCUGGGGCACCAGCGUCACGAAAAUCUUGCUGGGGCACCAGCGUCACGAAAAUCUUGCUGGGGUACCAGUGUCACGGAGGUCUGGCGGGGUGAGUUUCUUUGUGCAUCCCAGGAGGGGUGUUUAAGUGUGGGUACGCAGGUUCGGCUGGUGAGCCUGGUUCCUGCAGGGGGCCUGGGCAGGCCUCCUUGCCCAGGAAGAGGAGCGUCUGCCCUGGGUCAGGAGGUGGAGCUAAUCUCGGCUUCUGCUUCCAGGCUGCAGCCCAGGCUUCCUUCCCAGUGAAGAGGAGCUUUCCUUCGGCCUGAGCUUCUGCCUCUUCCUGUGGCAGCAGUGGAGGAGGCAACCUUCUCCAGGCAGAGGAGCAUCUCUCCUCUGCUGCUGAUGCUCCAGGGGGGGCGGCCACAGCAGGGGCUCUGCUUCGCAUGACAGAGGAUGUUCUCCUCGGCCUGGGCUUCUGCCUCUUCCUGGGGAAGCAGCGGAAGAGGCCGCCUUCCCCAGCUGGAGGAGCAUCUCUCCUCUGCUGCUGAUGCUGCAGGUGGGCAGCCACAGCAGGGUCUCUCCUUGGCAGGAAAGAGGAGCUUCGCUUGGGCCUGGGCUACAGCCUCUUCCUGGGGAAGCAGCGGAAGAGGCCGCCUUCCCCAGCUGGAGGAGCAUCUCUCCUCUGCUGCUGAUGCUGCAGGUGGGCAGCCACAGCAGGGUCUCUCCUUGGCAGGAAAGAGGAGCUUCUCUUCGGCCUGGGCUUCUGCCUCUUCCUGGGGAAGCAGCGGAAGAGGCCGCCUUCCCCAGCUGGAGCAGCAUCUCUCCUCUGCUGCUGAUGCUGCAGGUGGGCAGCCACAGCAGGGUCUCUCCUUGGCAGGACAGAGGAGCUUCGCUUCGGCCGGGGCUUCUGCCUCUUCCUGGGGAUGCAGCGGAAGAGGCUGCCUUCCCCAGGUGGAGGAGCAUCUCUCCUCUGCUGCUGAGGCUCCAGGGGGGGCGGCCAAAGCAGGGUCUCUCCUUGGCAGGAAAGAGGAGCUUUUCUCCGGUUAAACACUGCCGUGGAGGGUGUGCGUUUGCAUUGUGGUGACUGUAGGGUCAGAGGUCACAGCACCAACAGCAUGUGCUGUCAGCGGGGAGGAUGAGUGGCCUGGGUCUGACUCAUCUCCCGCCAACAGCAAGUGCUGUCAGCGGGGAGCAUGAGUGGCCGGGGUCUGACUCAUCUCCCGCAAACAGCAAGUGCUGUAAGCGGGGAGGAUGAGUGCCCGGGGUCUGACUCAUCUCCCGCAAACAGCAAGUGCUGUAAGCGGGGAGGAUG